AUGGCGGGGAGCUGGGGCCGCGUGGGGGCGCUGAGUGGGGCCGGGGCGGUGGGGGCCGCCGCCUACGGGGCGCACGGCUUUCGGCGCAGCGACCGGGACGACUACCAGAAGGAGCUCUACGAGACGGCCAACAGGUACCACUUCCUGCACAGCCUGGCGCUGCUGGCCGUCCCCCGCUGCCGCCGCCCCCUGCCGGCGGCGCUGCUGCUCAGCUCCGGGAUGGGACUCUUCUGCGGCCCCCUCUAUUACCACGCCUGGAGCGGAGACCCGACUUUCAACAAAGCGGCCCCCUAUGGGGGCUCCCUCCUGAUCCUCGGCUGGCUGGCGAUGGCUCUCUGACCCCCGCCCC